AUGGCCUCUUCCAGCGACAGUCCACAGUCUAUAAAAACAGUUUUGAAAAAUCUGAAGAGCAUCAAGAGAAUAGCAUUUGACAUUGGUCAAUCGGUUGUGAAGAUUGCUUACACAGCAACAGUUGCUCGUAAGAAAACAACUCAUGAUAAAAAGUUAAUAAAUGAUGCAAAAUUCGCUCUACGACUAUACUGUAUACAAGUGCGGCUUGAAGAUUUCGAGGAUGUUCUCGACUAUAUCGCAGAAAAUGGUCACAUAGCGACUAAUAAAGCAACGUUUGCGAGCACUUCUCCUACUCACGCUGUGGAACGGAUGAUUGUCGAGAAGCUAGGCCUUGACCUCCAUAAAGUGAAGGAAAUGGAUUGUUUGGUUCGCGGAACAAAUUUCUUAAUACGAAAUAUUGAAGCGGAAUCGUUUACCUACGAUCAUCAUCAUGAACAAUGUCGAUAUCAUUUUGAAACCAUUCGACCCUCUGUGAUUUGUCCAUAUUUGCUGGUCAAUGUGGGAACCGGCGUGUCCGUAUUUAGGGUAGACAACGAUGAUAAAUACGAACGUGUUGGUGGAAGUUCUUUAGGCGGUGGUUGUUUCUUCGGUUUGGGCAACCUCCUCACUGCAGAAGUAGACCUGGAUGAAAUGAUGCGUAUGGCAGAGGAUGGUGAUCAUCGACAGUUCGAUAUACUCGUGUCCGACAUAUAUGGAGGAAAGUUCACCAGUUUGGGUCUGAGUGGUGAUCUCAUAGCUGGAUCGUUUGGUAAAUGUGCUCAGAAGUCUCUCGCAGACGAGCUUAAAAAAUGUCCUGAGUUUAAGAAGAAUGUCAUGCGAAGUCUUCUGCUUAUGAUAAACAACAGCAUUGGACAAUUUGCAUUCAUGUAUGCUCAAAGAGAGAAGACGAAUCGGAUAUACUUUGACGGAUUCCUUAUCAGAAACCACGCCAUCAUAAUGCGAACCAUUUCAUUUGCAGUGGCAUUUUGGAGCGAGGGAACUCAACAAGCCCAUUUUCUGCGGCAUGAAGGAUACACUUCUGCCAUAGGGGCGUAUCUGAAUGGCGCAUCACUCGUGGAUCCUAAUGAUACCGAGUUCGGAGCAGGAUAUGAAGCAGAACGUCUUUCUUGGCAUGAGUACUACUCUGGUUGCUCAGAACUCGGGCGAUUCGUGCCAACUGCACCAUUGUCCAUGGGUUUUACGGCUGGUGUACUCGAGCUCGAGUGUGCAGAAAUAAUUCUCAGGCCGUUUCCUCUGUUAGCUGAGAAUCUUCAGGUUUAUAAGCCAGACGUUGCUGACCUGAACUUGGACAGCGAAGCGAGAGAGUUCUGGCUACGCACAUUCGAGAAGAGUGUAGAUAAUGUGAUAAAGAAAGCUGUUGAAUCACAGGAAAAUUGUGAAACGGCUGCUUAUCGAGUGCAAGUUUUCCGCGAGAAGUUUCUUAAGCAGCUAAUGCUUAUACGAGAAAAGCCAUUUGCUUACGGGAAUUCAAAUGUCAGAAAUCUUCUCGAUCUCAGGGAGCAACUACUCAAUGAACAGAAUUUUGAUGACUCUUAUCUUAACCAGAAGACUCUAGAAAAUGCUGUUGCUAUCAAGGAAUUACCGUCUCUGUUAAAAUCAAUCGACGAGGUUGAUGAUAACGAUGAACGAUUGUAUCGUGUGGCCUUGGGUCUUUUGGCUGGAAAUGUAUUUGAUUGGGGUGCUCAAAAGGUAAUAGAAAUGAUGGAGUCAUCGGAGGGCCUUUCAUUUUCCGCUGCUAUAGCCUCAAUACCAGACAGACCAUGGUUGAUCGACUCUUAUGAUGAAUUUCAAUCAUCGCUGAAACUGAAACCGUACAAUUGUGCUGCGAUAUUCGUUGACAACAGUGGUGCAGAUUUCAUCCUAGGCGUGAUACCGUUUGCACGGGAAUUGUUGAGGCGAGGCUCUCGGGUUAUAAUCGUAUCGAAUUUGUCACCAGCGCUCAACGAUUUGACAUAUCCCGAGAUGAUGCAGAUGGUACCACUUUUGCGGCAGGUGGAUGAAUCGUUGAAUGAAGCUAUCGGCAAGGGAAGACUGACGUUUGAGCACAGCGGACAGAGCUCUCCUUGCUUGGAUCUGAGGAGAGUGCACUCGGUUUUGAAUCGUCGAGUUCUUGAGGAACACGUGGAUCUAGUCGUGAUCGAAGGCAUGGGGCGUGCUUUACACACAAAUCUUCAUGCCCAAUUCGUUUGUGAUUCGCUGAAGGCAGCUGUCAUCAAAACUCAGUGGUUGGCCGAUCGCAUGGGUGGCGAGAUUUUCUCAGUGGUUUUCAAAUUUGAACGGGGUAAAGGAAACGGUUCCUAUUCAGCAACGACAAAAUCAUUAAAUCUCAGUGUUUAA